AUGGCUGAUCUACAAGAAGAAACUAUAGAAACAGUGAACAACACUAGAAAUGUUGCAAACACUGACACAACUGUGAUGAAUCUCAAUCAUCCUUAUCACCUUCAUUCAUCAGAUGCUCCUGGAAUGGGUUUGGUGAACAACCCUUUUGAUGGAAGUGGUUAUCAAGGCUGGAAGAGAUCUGUUCUCAUUGCUUUGUCAGCUAAAAACAAGCUGGGUUUCAUCACGAGCACAUCCUACACGAUUCAACUUCAUCAUAUUUGCAACCUUGGAGUAGGUGCGGAAAUAGCAGAUAGUGUGAUCUAUUCUAGGACUGCAAAAGAACUUUGGGUCAGUCUAGAACAUAGAUUCGGUCAAACUAAUGGUGCUAAAUUGUAUCACUUGCAAAAGGAACUUAGCAGAUUAGUACAGGGAACCAGCAAAGCUAAGUUUGAGAAAUCACAGGAGAAUGAGAAACUAAUUCAGUUCCUCAUGGGAUUAAAUGAUUCAUACUCACAGGAUGAAAACCAAAAGGAGACUUAUAUGAGCCCUUUAAUUCCAUCUGAUUCAUCUUCAUUUAUGGUUGGUGGUCAAUACAAAAGGGGAAAACAACCUCAAAGUCUAUCAAGUAACAUUCAGAGGACAAACAACUAUCCCAGGGUUAACAAUCCACGACCAACAUCAAGGUUCCCAAAACAGAUUGCAAGGUUCAAAGGCAAGAAAAGCAAAUAUAAUCCUAAUGUAUCUUAUACUCACUAUGGUAAAACAGGACAUACAGUCAAUGACUGUUACAGAUUAAUAGGAUUUCCAGAUGAUUUUCAGUUCAUAAAUGAAAGGAACUACCAGGGGCAGAUUAGAGGAAAUAGUGCAAUUGCUAUGGAUGAAGUAGAUACUAACAAUUAUUCAGGUGCUUCUGAGCACAUGUGUUUUAAUCCUACCUCUUUUACAUCUAUGUCAGUUCUUAAGGUUCCUCUAAACAUAAAUCUGCCUAACUCUCAAACUAUUGUUGUCACUCAUAUAGGAAAUGUUCCCAUAUUUUCUGAUCUCACCUUGAAUAAUGGCCCUUUAAUGAAGAGCCCACAAGUUUUUGGUGAUGCAAGAGAAGGUCUCUACCUAUUUCAGCCCAGCCUAGAGGAGUCUAGUAUUAGGGAUAAUGUUUCUAUUUCAAAUGUUGUCAGUUCAAAGUCAUUUCCAGUUUCAAUUUCUUUUCCAGUAUGUUCUAGUGUUUCUUCAAAUGUAAAACUAUGGCAUAUUAGACUUGGGCAUUUGCCAUUAUCAUCAAUGAAAAAUUCCAAAGUUCCUAUGGUUUACUGGGGUGAAUGCAUAUUAACUGCUACAUUUUUUAUAAACAGGUUGCCUACCAAGGUUCUUCAAGGAAAAACACCUUAUGAUCUUCUUUUUGUUCACCCUCCAUCCUAUCAUUUUCUGAGAUGCUCUGGAUGUCUCUGUUUUGCUGACACUUUGGCUCAUGGGAGAGAUAAGUUUCAACCAAGGGCAAAGAAGUGUAUUUUCCUGGGUUGUCCUAGUAAUCAAAAAGGAUAUAAGUUACUAGAUUUUGACAGUAAUAAGGUAUUUAUCUCUAGGGAUGUUCAUUUUUUUAAAGAUAUUUUUCCUUUUGCUACCCCAAAUUUACCUUCUCCAACUAUACUUCCUGAUCCUACUUCCAUUGAUUCAUUUUCUGGUAAUCCUAUUCUCUCUCAACCUAUUCACAAUCCUGAUGAUGUUUUUCCUACUGAUCUUCCAGAUUCCACUUUCUCUGAUUCUUCCCACAUUUCUCCUACUCCUUCACCUCCUAUAAACUCAGAACACAACCCUGAUGAUGUUUUUCCUAGUGUUCUUCUAGAUUCCACUCCUUCUACUUCCUCCCACAAUUCUCCUACUCCUACUUUUCCUAUAUUUUCACCUCCUAUCAACUCAAAACCUGUUUCACAACCAGACCCUUCUUUGAGAUGGUCCGAAAGAACUAAGAAGGGCAUUCUUCCUCAUCACUUACAUGACUUCAUCUGCAACUCCAUUUACUUAAGUAAUGUUCCUGAUUCUUGUUUUACAUCUCCUGCUUCACCUCAUUCUUUUUCCUUCACCUCUCUUUCUCUUCCUAAUCAACUUCUCUUAAAAUCAGUUUCUACAAUCUUAGAACCUACCAGUUAUCUUCAAGCUUCAACUCAUCCUGGAUGGAGACAGGCCAUGAAAGAUGAAAUUAAUGCCUUACAAUCUAAUGACACUUUGGAAGUGGCUGUUUUGCCUAAGGACAGAAAAGUUUUACCUUGUAAAUGGGUUUACAAGUCCAUAUUUAAGUCCUAA